ACGACUCCUUGAUGCUGCGCCUCGCGAUCGAGCGGCUCCAGCGCUAAGUAGCCUCUCCCUUGUCUCACAAUCAUUCCAUCCCCCUUCCUGGCUACCUUGCUCGCCGGGAUCAGGAGUCUGCUGAUUGGGUUGGGCUGCGGACCUGCGGUGGAGGGAUUCAGGGUUUCUCUUGUCCCUGAUCCACUGCCUCCACGACCAACAAUGGAGGACAACGUUCUUGUCUCCUCGAAAAUCCAUGGAAGGAGUAAAAGCACAACAGCCAAAAGGAAUUGUAUAAUUUGCGGACAACGUAUUAGUAAGAGGAGAAGAACACAACAUAAUUUUCAGAAGAUAAGUCGGGGGCAGCUUAAUUUACAGAGGACAAGACCAUGUCUGCUUAAUUUUCAGUCUCUUCCCAAGGAUAUUGUACUAAGGGUAAUGUCAAAAUUAACAUUAAAGGAAGUCGCUCAGUUGAGUGUUGUGUCAACAAACUGGAGACAGGCUUGGACAUUCCAUCCUAAUCUGUACUUUGGUAUUAAAACAGCCCUUGGAAAUAAUGCCAAGAGAAAAGGAACAAGCUCUGAUCUGAACUGUAGAAUAUCAAGUGGUAACAAGUUCAUUAAAAGGGUUGAUGCUAUUCUGGAAAAACAUUGUGGAACAAUGGUAAAUAAGUUUGCUGUUAAGUUUGGUUUGUCAAAUGAGCAUGCUAACCAUGUCAAUGGCUGGGUUGCGUUUGCUAUUGCAUCAAAGGCAAGGGUUAUCAUUCUUGACUUCUCCCCAGAUUGGAAAUCACAUGAAAACAAAUAUGACUUUCCUUGUCAUAUUUUCGACAAACAUAAUGGAUCUUACCUUGAGGCUCUUCGGCUUGACAGUGUUACUUUGAAUCCACCUCUAGAUUUCUGCGGAUUUGCAACCUUAAACUGCUUGCUCUUGACAAUGUUAGGUUGCAACAUUUAGAGCAGUUAAUAUCGAAAUGCCAUGUUCUAGAGUGGUUAAGCAUCCAAUCAUGUAACCAGCUGCAUAAUUUACAUGUGUCAGAACCAUUAUGCCGUCUGCAAUAUUUGUCAAUUCAGGGUUGUCAUUUACAAAGAAUGGAGUUACAUGCUCCGAAUCUCACAACAUUUGAGUACGACGGUUCCCUGGCAUUGGUAACGCUCAAUGAAUGCUCCAAUAUCAAAGCAUCAACCAUCAGACUUUUUGAUGAGAAAACCCUCCAAAAUAUAUUAACUGGAAUUCCAAGUGUAUUACCUCAUGUUGAAACGUUAUAUGUUGAAGUUCAUGUCAAAACUCAGGUCUGAUUAUUCUUGUACUCUCUAUAUACAUUUAAUUCUAUUUUAUUUUCUGUUUCACAUCUUGUUGUUUGAACCUAUGUGUGGCCUGGUCACCCUCCAGAUGUCUGGAUUUACACAAUCACCUCUCAAGUUCACUCAAUUGAAGUGUCUAACUUUGGAAAUAACUUUUGAGAGAGGUUCAUUCGAUAGAAAUUCAGUCUUCCAGUUGACUAAUCUUUUCGUAGCAGCUCCAUUUUUGGAGGAUCUUUAUUUGGAUGUAAGUAGCUAUAUCAUUUGUACUUCACUACUUUUAUUGCCUUCUUCCCUAGCCAGUUACAGUUCGCCUUUUGUAUUCUCAUUGACCGAUUACCUCUUUUUUCCUAUUUAAUGUUAUUUCGUUGGUUUGGAAACCCAAUCAGAAUAACCUGCUAAGCCAGUACUGUCAAUCUAAUUAGGAAUUACCUGCUUGUCCAAUGUGCCCUAUGCAUGAUUCAUGAACUCAUAAGUCCCAGAAACUGGAACAUUCGCUGCAGACUAUUGAUCCUUUUUAACGAUCAUCAGACCAUCGAACAUAGCUUUGGCAAAGUAAUAUUGUUCGGCCCGGCGAAAGUAGUAUUGUUCAGCAUUAGUUGGCAACUGCAUUUUUUUCCAUUUGACAGUGGACUUUGUAAAUUUUAAUCAUAAUUAUUUGGGACAUCUGUAGAAGCUUUUGCUAUAUCGAUGUCACUGUUUACCCUGAGCAUCACAUCACCAUAUUUAUGCACUGUACAAGAUACCAAAUAGUAUGAAUCAAGGUGAUAAUAUGUUUGGAAACCGAUUAGCCAUGUGUUUCCUUGAUUGAAUAUAUUUGUAUCCAAACAGAGCAAAAGCUUCUUUUUUUCUAACAAAAUCUCAGAAUUCCAUCCCCUGCAUUUGUUUUGACAAGAUAUAUGUUCAGGCUAUCCUUCUCUUCCUCGAUCAUGAAUCUUUGAUCUUCUUUUCCCUAAUUAUUACGUGUUAGCUUGCUCCUUGUUAGUGAUGCCAUAAUUUCUUGCAGAUGUAUUGUAGCUUGAACAGGUGCCCUUUGGAUUUGGAUGACAUCGUGGAUCAGCCUCACUAUCAUCUCAAGAUGGUGUGCAUAUUUGGAUUUUGUGGCAACACAGGCCAGGUUGAGCUAGCAAAAUGCAUUCUCAGAAAUGCGUUAAUAUUGGAGCAAAUGAUCAUCGACCCAAAAGGGAGAUAUCGGUUGGAUGGAUAUUUUGGGCGCCAGGAGGCAGAUGAGAAGCUUGUUCCAGAAGAUAUAGAUGGUGUACUCACAAUUCUGUAACUUAUACUCCGUACAGUAGCAAACUACAGUCACAAGUUGAAGUGUUGUUCCUUCAAGGCACUAGUAACUAGGAGUAAGUUUUUUUUAACAGAGUUUACAGAGAUUAUUCGGUACUGCAAGAGUUGUGGUUCACUGUUCAAUACGAUUAUAUUAGUAUGUA